GGCGGCGGCGGCGGCGGAGCCCACCGCUCGGGCCCCGAUGAGUAACUCCCGGAAUAACCGGGUGAUGGUGGAAGGGGUCGGCGCCCGGGUAGUGCGCGGCCCGGACUGGAAGUGGGGGAAGCAGGACGGCGGCGAGGGCCAUGUGGGCACGGUCCGGAGCUUCGAGAGCCCCGAGGAGGUGGUGGUGGUGUGGGACAACGGCACCGCCGCUAACUACCGCUGCUCCGGGGCCUACGACCUGCGCAUCCUGGACAGCGCGCCCACGGGCAUCAAGCAUGAUGGAACCAUGUGUGAUACCUGCCGUCAGCAACCAAUCAUCGGCAUUCGAUGGAAAUGUGCAGAGUGUACAAAUUAUGAUUUGUGUACAGUUUGUUAUCAUGGAGAUAAACAUCAUUUAAGGCAUCGCUUCUAUAGAAUUACUACACCAGGAAGUGAGCGGGUUCUGUUAGAGUCUCGUAGAAAAUCUAAGAAGAUUACAGCCAGAGGGAUCUUUGCGGGUGCCAGAGUGGUACGAGGAGUAGACUGGCAGUGGGAAGAUCAGGAUGGAGGAAAUGGACGUAGGGGAAAGGUAACAGAAAUCCAAGAUUGGAGUGCAUCAAGUCCACAUAGCGCAGCAUACGUUCUCUGGGAUAAUGGUGCUAAGAACCUUUACAGGGUUGGCUUUGAGGGCAUGUCUGAUCUAAAGUGUGUCCAGGAUGCCAAAGGAGGUUCAUUUUACAGAGAUCACUGCCCUGUGCUAGGUGAGCAGAAUGGUAACAGGAAUCCUGGUGGAUUGCAGAUUGGUGACCUGGUAAAUAUAGAUCUUGACCUAGAAAUUGUACAGUCUUUGCAGCAUGGUCAUGGCGGAUGGACUGAUGGCAUGUUUGAGACUUUAACUACAACUGGAACUGUGUGUGGCAUUGAUGAAGAUCAUGACAUUGUAGUUCAGUAUCCAAGUGGCAAUAGGUGGACGUUCAAUCCUGCUGUUCUCACUAAAGCAAACAUUGUCCGAAGCGGGGAUGCUGCUCAAGGUGCAGAAGGAGGCACCUCACAGUUUCAAGUUGGCGAUCUUGUACAAGUUUGUUAUGAUCUGGAAAGAAUUAAACUUCUACAAAGAGGACACGGAGAAUGGGCUGAAGCUAUGCUUCCAACUUUAGGUAAAGUUGGCCGCGUACAACAGAUUUAUUCAGACAGUGACUUAAAGGUGGAAGUUUGUGGUACAUCUUGGACAUAUAAUCCAGCAGCAGUUUCUAAGGUGGCAUCUGCAGGAUCAGCCAUUAGCAAUGCAUCUGGUGAAAGACUCUCCCAACUUUUGAAGAAAUUAUUCGAAACCCAAGAAUCUGGUGACCUCAAUGAAGAAUUAGUUAAGGCUGCUGCCAACGGAGAUGUUGCUAAAGUGGAAGAUUUGCUAAAAAGACCAGAUGUAGAUGUGAAUGGACAAUGUGCUGGCCACACAGCUAUGCAAGCUGCUAGUCAGAAUGGACAUGUUGACAUUUUGAAGUUACUUUUGAAGCAAAAUGUGGAUGUAGAAGCAGAGGACAAAGAUGGAGAUAGAGCUGUUCACCAUGCAGCUUUUGGGGAUGAAGGUGCUGUUAUAGAAGUUCUACAUCGAGGCAGCGCUGAUUUGAAUGCUCGCAACAAACGCCGACAGACACCACUUCAUAUUGCUGUCAAUAAAGGUCAUCUUCAAGUUGUGAAGACUUUAUUGGACUUCGGCUGUCAUCCUAGUCUCCAGGAUUCCGAAGGGGAUACUCCUCUUCACGACGCAAUAAGUAAGAAACGUGAUGAUAUCCUCGCAGUUCUUCUGGAAGCUGGAGCAGAUGUUACCAUUACAAAUAAUAACGGAUUUAAUGCUCUACAUCAUGCUGCACUAAGAGGAAAUCCGAGUGCUAUGCGUGUUUUACUAUCUAAAUUACCAAGACCAUGGAUUGUGGAUGAGAAGAAAGAUGAUGGUUAUACUGCCUUGCAUCUGGCUGCCCUUAAUAAUCAUGUGGAAGUAGCUGAACUGUUGGUACAUCAGGGUAAUGCAAACCUGGAUAUUCAGAAUGUGAACCAACAAACGGCCCUACAUCUUGCUGUUGAACGACAGCACACCCAGAUUGUGAGGCUUUUGGUCCGUGCUGGUGCCAAAUUAGAUAUCCAGGAUAAGGAUGGGGAUACUCCUUUACAUGAAGCUCUGAGGCAUCACACCUUGUCUCAGCUACGCCAGCUCCAAGAUAUGCAAGAUGUAGGGAAGGUUGAUGCUGCCUGGGAGCCAUCCAAAAACACAUUAAUAAUGGGCCUUGGUACCCAGGGGGCAGAGAAGAAGAGUGCAGCUUCUAUUGCCUGUUUCUUGGCUGCUAAUGGUGCUGACCUUAGCAUUCGAAAUAAGAAGGGUCAGUCACCACUUGAUCUUUGUCCUGAUCCAAGUCUCUGCAAAGCACUGGCAAAGUGUCAUAAAGAAAAAGUCAGUGGUCAAGUGGGUUCUCGAAGUCCUUCUAUGAUUAGUAAUGAUUCUGAAACGUUAGAAGAGUGUAUGGUGUGCUCAGAUAUGAAGAGAGACACUCUUUUUGGCCCAUGUGGACAUAUUGCUACCUGUUCUUUAUGUUCUCCACGAGUCAAGAAAUGCCUCAUCUGUAAAGAACAAGUUCAAUCCAGGACAAAGAUUGAAGAAUGUGUGGUAUGCUCUGACAAGAAAGCAGCUGUUCUUUUUCAACCAUGUGGACACAUGUGUGCUUGUGAGAACUGUGCUAGCCUGAUGAAAAAAUGUGUGCAGUGUCGGGCAGUAGUUGAACGAAGAGUGCCUUUCAUUAUGUGUUGUGGAGGGAAGAGUUCAGAAGAUUCCACUGAUGAUAUCUCAAGUGGAAAUAUCCCAGUGUUACAAAAAGACAAGGAUAAUACCAAUGUCAACGCAGACGUGCAGAAGUUGCAGCAGCAGCUCCAGGACAUUAAAGAGCAGACAAUGUGCCCUGUGUGUUUGGAUCGCCUGAAGAAUAUGAUUUUCCUCUGUGGCCAUGGAACGUGCCAGCUCUGUGGAGACCGAAUGAGUGAAUGUCCUAUUUGUCGCAAGGCUAUUGAACGAAGGAUUCUUUUGUAUUAACAAGAACUCAGUGUGUUUUGUUAGCUAAGGUAUUUGGUCAUGAGAUCUUAGUAAGCUUUUAAGCUAGUUGGGGGUUCUAAUGAAUUAAUUUUAAUAUCAUAGUUUCUUUACUAGAGUAUAAUUAGACCGUAAAUGUACCAGAACAAAAAACUCUACAAAAUAGUGCUUGAAAGUUGUGGGGGUUUGUUUUCCUUCUUUUUCUUUCAGUUUUAAUUUGAAACAUCAACUCUGUGCAAUUCAUAGAUAAUUUACUUUUGGCUUCUCUGGGGAAAAUCCUUUAAAGAUCUGUUAUUUUUGUUUUUAUUGCAUUUUCUCUUAAUGGCUUAUACAUUUGUUAGACCUCAGAAAGUACAAUUCCUUAUGAUCUGCUCUCUUUCAGUUUAUCAUGAUUUUAUACAGUGACUUGACACAGGUACUCAGUUCAUGCAUCAGAUGAAAGGGGCAAGUCAAACCAUUAUGUUACAUAUAUUAAGGGAAUAUUAAGAGAGAAUUCUCUUUUUAGGUGAACAUAAAGUUAUAGAAAUGGUUGUUUCUGGAUUCUUACAGUAAAUGGAAGCAUAGUAUGAGAGAAUAAUGACUUUGCAUUUAGCUUAUUUUCUAGAUUUAAAAGGAAAAGGAAACUUGAAUCCAAUUGCCAGUUUCAAAAUGACUGAUAAGAAAAGGAAAAAUAAUUAAUCAUAGUGGGGAACUGAAGGGAGGGAAAUUAUUCAAUAAAAGAGUACCUAUUAAUUGACUGUUGACAGUUACCUUCCUUAUAUUAAUUUAUACACUGUUUUCAGCCAGCCUUAAAAAAAUUUUUGUAAAAAGUAUAUGUCAGUUUUCUAUGUGGUUACUUAUCCAGGCUUGAUCUGCCUAGUGAAAUGAUAGUCCCCUCUUCGGCCUCUGAGUUUAUUAUUUUAGCUUUUCUAAUAUACUGAACAGUAGUACUUCAGUGAUCUGAGAAGGAUAAUGCAGUGUCCAAAGGCAGCAAUCCUUUCUUCUACAUAUCUAUUAAUUCUAACAGUGUUACUGAUUUUACCUUCGUCGUAGGCCUUGCUUCCAUUCUCUCUCAGAUAGUAAGGCUUACUAUAAAGAAAACAGUCUCUCUUUAUACCUACUGAUGAGGAUAUUAUUAAACCGCCAACGAUAUUCAAGACAUAGUAAAUAACCUAAUAAUAAAUACUUAUUUUAGAAAGAAUGACUAGGACAUUUACAAGAAAUAUGUCUAAUUACAUGUAGACUUUUUCCCCCUGAAACUUUGACUUUAGAGCAUCUAAUCAUUUUCUCUCUCUGAAUGAGUAAUCUUACAAUAUUUAGGAUGAAUACACAUAAAUAGGUGUUUUGGGGUUCAUUGCUGCUAGAUCAUAAAAAUAUCAGCUGUUUACAAUACUGUGUAUAAGCUUACUCCUAAGGGUCAUUAUCUUUUUUGUAGUUUUUUUCCUUCUUUGAAUCUAAUUCCUAUGUCAGUUUUUCUGCUACAAUGAUUAGCCUUGAAAGUACAGUCUCUAGCCCUCAGUAUCUGAUUUCUGGCUGUUAAAUGACUAUUGCCUUUGCAAGUCCUGGUGAAAAUGGAGAGCUUUGCUGGCCGAUUUUGUAGUCUUGAUAAUUCCGUAUCUGUGCUUAGCUGAGUAACUUAACAUUUAGAACAGUAAAAUUUUUAUAAAUUUACAUUUGAAAAUUUAUAUUGACUACUCAGUUAUCUAAUAACGGGCCACUGAGACUUCUUAAAGCCAUAAUUUGAAGCUAUAAAAAGAUAGGACAUCUGACUAACGAUGUUCACAUAAAGAGACAAAUAGACUGUUUUCUUUCAGGUUUGAAAAUGGCAAAAGUCAGAAUUUUCCUUUUCUUCCAUGCCAUAGGCCACCCACCCAUCUCUUUUCCAGUAGAUCAGCUGGUAAAGAGGGAUCACCUGGCUGACUCAUGCAUAGUUAGGCCAACCGGAGAAUUGUAUGUUUAGUUUAGCUGGCCAAAUUAUGGUCUAGAGCUCUACUUUACUUAAAUCCUUUUUAUUUAUCUUCUUAGCUGCAGUGCUAAAACUUAUAUUCCUAAAAGGCAAUUUCAUCUUCCAGUCUAGUUUAUUUCUACCAUGUUAAAAAAAUAUAAUAACUUAUAAACUUUUACAAAAGUCAUAAAGUAACUAUAUAGUGUUAUGUACUUGUGGAUUUUCUGUAUUUGUACCACUUCGAAAUUUAAUGAAUAGAAAAUCUUUCUCUAUUCAUGUUUUGAAGCACCUAAAAAUUAUUUUAAAUUUAUUUUGGGAUUGUGAGGGAGAAUAAGAUUAAGAACUUAAUAUUUUAAGUGACUUUCCUCUAACUCUGUGAAAUUGCUACCUCUUAUUAUAUAUGUCUCUCAGCAGUACUUUCCCAAUUAGGUAUUUUUCCUACUCAUUGUCAUCUCUUUAUCUUGUGCCUGAAAGAGUUUUUACUUUUCCUAAAAUCAUUACAAAAACCCCCCCAAAACUGACAUGCAUUCAUUCAAAAACGUAUUUAUUGGACUUCAGGGACUAGAUAACACAAUAUUAAAAAAAAACCGGUCAACAUCUUAGCACAUGCAGAAUUUAUCAUGCAGCCAUUAUGUAUUUGAAGUAAUAUGAUAUAGAUGAAAAGAAGAGAUUCAAAAGUAGUGAUAGCAUUUCUUCCUAAUGUUUCAGAAGAGUUGUCAUUAAGUAGUAUUUGGACUCUCUCUUUCUACCCCCUCAGUCCUAUCACAUUGUCUCCUUUAUUCUUCUAAGAUUGUCAGCUUUGUUACCCAAAACAUAUACACAACUUAAUAGUUGGUGCUAUUCUAAUUGUUUUUCUUCAUAUAACUUAACAUUCUUACUGAUACUUAUACUAUAUACAUAAUUAAUUUUGUUGGGAGCAAGAAGGUUUUUCAAGAGAAGAUCUUUUUGUAUUAGUAUAGGGAUAAUAGACAAGUGUUUAGUUUAGCUGGCUGAAUUAUGCUUGGUUAUUUGUUAUUUUAAACGUUGCAAAUUGACUAGCUAGCUACUGAGGCAUACAAUUAAUUGAUAAUGUUGAAAAUACUUAGAUUUAUAUCUUUGAUGGCUUUAGCCUGUAAAACCGUUUUAGCAUAUUGAAAUGCAUGCUGCUUAAGAUUUGCUCAAUUCAGAUUUCAAAGCUUACUUCAUUUUUACAUGGUAAAUAUAUACUGUCUAUGUAUGUAUUGCCCAGUUGCUGAUCUAUUUUAUGAAUUUUGGACUAGGAAUUAGUUAAACUUAUGAAUAGAAGAAUUAGUGAUGGGGUUGGAUAAGGGAGGACAGCUGGGGUUGCAGCAAGUAAGAAAGAAAAGUCAUUGAAUUUAGAAGAAAAAAGGAAGAUCUUGUAGAUUUAAUUAAAUCAGGAAGUAGAGUAUAUUUGAAUAAUAAAAAGAGUCUUUCAGCCAGUUUUCAGUGGAGAUUGACAAUUGCUUUGUAAAUUAUAGGCUUUAAUGCAGCUCGCUUUU